CUCUCACUAGUCAAGAACAUUUUAAACUAAUUAGCAUUUUCUUUUAAUAAUAACUAUGUACGCGGUGAUCCGAAUGGAAUUAAGUGUGUAAAUUGUGUGCGGCGUUUUUUUAGAAAUAUUUCGAGAUGGUGGCUCGUAAUUUCGCGGUGCAAGACGUUUCGAAUUCUCGUCUUCUUCAGGAACCCGACGAUGACGACAACGGUUUUAUUACUUUGCAGGAACUUAAGCCGGUCAUCGUGCAACAAAGCAUGCAGUCGUACCAGCGCAGUUACUACGAACUGCCCAAUAUGAUAGAUGAUCCCUGUUCUUCAAGCCUGUCGUUCCAAUCCAAUCAAAACUCGUCAUCGGCAAUAGACGACAAUAGUUCCGUAUCCUGUUCAAACAACAGAAAAAGAAAAACUUAUUUUCCGGUCGACAAUGAUAUUAAAGAUGAUUGCGGUGAAGAUAACAAAUCUAUCAAAUCCAACGAUGAAAACAAAAAACAAAACCACAGUGAAGUGGAGAAACGUCGAAGAGACAAAAUGAACACUUACAUUACAGAGCUGUCUUCGAUGGUUCCGAUGUGCCAUGCGAUGUCAAGGAAAUUGGACAAACUUACCGUUUUGAGAAUGGCCGUUCAACACUUAAAAUCUAUCCGGGGUGCUCUUCCCUCGUACACGGAGGGACAUUAUAAGCCUUCGUUGCUCUCGGACCAGGAACUUAAACAUGUAAUCCUGCAGGCAGCAGAUGGUUUUUUGUUCGUUGUGGGAUGCGACAGAGGAAGAAUCUUAUAUGUUUCAGAGUCUGUCUCUAAAGUACUCAACUAUUCGCAGGGUGAUCUUUUAGGACAAAGCAUGUUCGAUAUUUUACAUCCGAAGGACGUUGCUAAAGUUAAAGAGCAACUUUCUUCGUCCGAUAUUAACCCAAGAGAAAGGCUGAUCGAUGCAAAAACAAUGUUACCUGUAAAAACAGACGUUCCUCAAGGUGCUUCUCGCUUAUGUCCAGGUGCUAGGAGAUCUUUUUUCUGUAGAAUGAAAUGCAAUUCAUCUUCGCAAGUAAAAGAGGAGGCAGACACAACGACUGGAUACCACAGGAGGAAAAAAUAUAAUUCAGACAAAAAGUACAAUGUCAUCCAAUGCACCGGCUAUUUGAAGUCUUGGGCUCCAGCGAAGAUAGGUCUGGAGGAACAAGAGGAUGGUGACGGAGAAUCGUGUAAUUUGUCGUGUCUGGUAGCCAUAGGACGAAUUCUUCCACAUAUUUCCACAAUUGCUGCCAACUGUCAGGGCAGGCCCAAUGUAAAGCAGAUACAGUUUAUUUCGAGGCAUGCCUUGGAUGGAAAAUUUUUAUUUAUUGACCAAAGAUCAACAUUAGUUUUAGGCUUUCUUCCCCAAGAACUCUUAGGUACCUCCAUGUACGAAUACUUUCAUCACGAAGACAUCCAAUCUUUGGCAGAGUAUCAUAAAGUAGCGUUACAGAGUACAAAUGCAGUCACAACAGAAGUCUACAGAUUCAGAACAAAAAGCGGCAGUUUCAUCAAGAUUCAAAGCGAGUGGAAGUCGUUCAAAAAUCCUUGGACCAAAGAAAUUGAGAACUUUAUUUCUAAAAAUAAUUUAAUUUUGACUGAUUUUAGGACAGUUGAAAGCAGCGCCAGCCAAUCCGAUAGGAUAAGGGAAAAUAUCAAUUUUCUUUCACAACCUAAUGGAAAAGAUAUGCAUCUAUUAAUAAGUAACCACAUAGAAGUUAGUAAAAUUGGUAGACAAAUAGCUGACCAAGUAAUGGAUUCACAGCGACGUGGAGGAGAUUCUUCGUCUAGUAGUAGUCCAGACCCGGAAUCUUCGUUUUCUCUGCCGAUAUUACCUGGAGAUGCUCGUGUAUCACCAAGUAUUCAAAGUACAGAAGAACAAAAGCAUACUUUACUAUCCGAGUAUUCAGAUCCAAAAUUCUACGACAUAAGAAAUGUUCCUCUGUCUAGUGUAGCUACAGAUCCAAUUCUAGGUGGAACUACGGAUGAAGGAAUGAUGGAAAUGAUAGAAGACGAUACAACAAGAACAGAACGAGCUAACCCUACUUCUUCUGUGGAUGGAAACGACGAAGCAGCUAUGGCUGUUAUUAUGAGUCUAUUGGAGGCUGAUGCCGGUUUAGGAGGACCUGUGGACUUUUCUGGUUUACCGUGGCCAUUACCUUGACCAAAUUAAUUUCAUUAGUGUAAUUGUAUUUAUAUUCAAUUUUAAGUUUAUAAAUAAAAGUACAAAUGUUUUUAUUUUCAAAUACAGCAA